UGGCUGGAUGCGCUGCUUCAACACACGGCGAGUGAGAGGGUGUAGCAUAGCUUGCGCUGCAGAUAACAGACAUCGAACAGGAUUUAUUUAUUGCACAGAACUUUAAAGAUGACAUUCAGACCUGAGUGACAAUGGAGAGGAUUGUCAUGUAAGCGGACAGUUUGUAAGUUUGCAAGUCCUGUGCGUGGACAGGGUUGGGCGUGUUUUUUGUUUGUGUCACCAUGCUCCAACCAAUCCUGCUGCUGUGUUCAAUAGUCUUGGCUUCCUCCCAGUCUACCUACCCCUUCUGGAAGAAAGGCCGUAACAUUACCAUCCAUUCCUCCCACUUGGCGUGCAGCCUUCCUGGCCCCCAGGGGCCACCCGGACACCCCGGACCUCCUGGAUCUCCAGGGUCUGCGGGUCCCAUGGGCUCCCCAGGGAAGGAUGGCCCGGACGGGGGCGAUGGAGAGAAGGGGGAAAGGGGAGGUGGAGGGGAAUCAGGGAGGCCAGGCAACCCAGGCAAGCCGGGCGUGAAGGGCCGAGAGGGGGUGGUGGGCAAGGCCGGGCCCCUGGGCAAGAAGGGGCCACGUGGGGCCCCUGGAUUAACGGGUUUGAGGGGCGUCAAGGGGGAGGCAGGGGAGGUGGGUGAGGUAGGGGCGGCUGGAGGCUGUAACUGUGGGAAGGCAGCACGCUCUGCCUUCUCCGUGGCCAUGACCAGGAGCUACCCCAAAGAGCGCCUGCCAAUCAGGUUCAGUCGCAUCCUGCUGAACGAGGGGGAGCACUACAACGCCACGAGUGGGAAAUUUGUGUGUUCCGUUCCCGGGGUCUACUACUUCUCCUAUGACAUCACCUUGUCCAACAAGCACCUGGCCAUCGGGCUGGUCCACAACGGCCAGUACAAGAUCAAGACGUUCGACGGCAACACGGGGAACAGCGAUGUGGCCUCCGGUUCCACCGUUCUCCGUCUGCAGCGUGAGGACCAGGUGUGGCUGCAGAUCUUCUACUCGGAGCAGAACGGCCUGUUCUUCGACCCGUUCUGGACUGACAGCACCUUCACUGGGUUCCUUGUCUACGCAGACCAGGUCUACCUGACAGAGGAGGACGGGAAGGCCAACGCCGAAGCUGCCAGCUGAUUGGUUGAUUGAUAGAUUUGUUGGUUGGGUUGAGUGAUUGGUUUUAGUGGAUGAUUCUAAAAACAAUGACACUUUCAACUGUACUCAUGUCAUGUAUCACUACUGCCACUGUAGCAGAGAUCAAUGAAAUCCUUAUUAUGUUUAUAAAAUUAGCAUAUGCAUAUUAUUAUUACAUAUGCCUAAUGUAUAGCCUACCUAACCUGUGUUCAUGUAGUGUACUUGCUCUUUCCAUCAGUACAAGCGUUUGGCAUGAAUGAAUCAAAACCGAGCACCUGUUCCAGAACGUACCACAAGGUGGCGAUAUUCUGGAUGUCAUUUGCAGCCCUGUCCGUGGCCAUUCUAGUUUUUCUCAUGUACUAAAGAAUAUACAGACCUGCAGGAUUGAUACUGUUAUUAAUUUUGAUUACCGGAGUGGAUUGGAAAUGUACAUAAGUGGGUGGGAGAGGGAGUGAGAACCGGCCGCACUUAGGAUAGUUCAAAUGUGCAGAACAUGACAAGUAAGAAUAUUACGUUUUAUAAAGAUUUGUGAACAUGCAUUUUAAAUAUUAUCUAUAGGCCUAGUUUGUAUUGCCCAACCAUCUAGUUUCAGAAAAAAAACGAACUUAUACAGUCAAUAAUAAAGUAUAGUCUACUUCC